CAUUACUGGCUGAUGUCCUGCUCCAGUGUUUCGUCGAUAUCCAUCUCGCAACCCUCGCAAGUCGCAACGUCUGGGAAGCUGUAUAUGAUACUUGGGUAUUCAAGGACUCCAUAAUUCUACAGCUGUAAUUCUGUUGUACACUUCAAUCCCUUGUGUCGCUGUUGUCUAUAUCAUAUCUGCCAUGCUCUACCUCCAAACCAUAAGUUAUGCAGUCGCAUUCGCAUUCACAUUUCCCCUGGUGACAGGGUCACUUCCACCCCUCCGCAUAAUGCCACUAGGCGACUCCAUAACACGCGGAACCAGCUCCCCAGAUAUAACAGGAUACCGGCACAAACUCCGCAGCACACUGCAAAACCAGCAAGCAGGCCUUGAAGUCGACAUGAUCGGCAGUCUACAGGAAGGCGAAAUGGCCGAUAACGACCACGAGGGCCAUAGCGGGAAAUAUCUGUCUGAUAUACGGCAGUAUCUGGAGCUUUCGAUACAGGCGCAGCCGAAUAUCGUUUGUCUCCAUGCCGGCACGAAUAAUAUGGACCUUGAGGUUGAUCUUGAUUCUGCGGGGGGUGUUAUGGAGGAUAUUAUUGACCGGCUGCUGGAGGCGAGUCAGGGUGUGACGGUUCUUGUGGCGCCGGUGAUUUGGGCGAAUGAUACGCGCAUACAGGCGAAUACUGAUGCGUUUAAUGAGAAGCUUGCGAAUAUUAUGGAGGGUAUGGAGGGGAGGCAGGUUCUGUCUGUGCCGGUUAAUAUUACCCUUGAAGACCUGUGGGAUCGCAAGCAUCCGAACGAGCGGGGGUAUGGGAAGAUGGCGGAUGCGUGGUUCAAGGCUGUGCUGGAUGCGCAGAAGCGAGGGUGGAUUAGAGAGCCAGAGAGCGUUGACAAGGAUGAACUGCCUGGGAUGGGAUUGGGACAGAGUAACGAUGGAGAGACGAGUCGUGCUUCUAGGGUUAGAGCUCCUUGGAUUGUGGGUGUGUAUAAUAGUCUAAGGUUGUUAUAAUACUCGGGAAAGUAUGGAAGACCGAUCAAUU